UAAAAAUAAUAAUAACAACAGCAAUACAUGCCGCCGACUUAUUACAAAAUUAGGUAAAGAAAAUUGUUUUGUAAAGAAGCGUAAAGAAAUGCAUUCAAGUGACAACUUUUUACAUGACAGCCAUGACAAUCGGUGGGUGCUGAAAACUCCAUGGUACAUACACCCAUUUAGUGGGAGACCAAACUCGCGGAAAGCAACAUCAUGAAAGUGGCUAAGCUUGUGUGGCCAACUCUGUUGGUAACGGCGGUGUUAUUCUUUAAUGCCUGCAAUUCCAAAGACAUUCGAAAGCGAGGAGUUAUGGAUAAUUUUAAUGAUGGCGUUAAGUUUGCUGGUCAAAUGUUUGGCAUUAACACAGCUGCAGAUGUUGCAAAUCUGGUGGCCAAAGCCUUCUCCAAGACAGCCAGCAAUGGAAAUGCCGAUUUAUUGUUAUCACUGGUAAAAACGGGCCUACAAUCAAAACCCUCUAAAACCCCAAAACCUUCUACCCCGGAGGAGUACAAAAAUAAAGACAAAUAUAAUUCUGAAGAAAGUGGCAGAGAACAACAGCAUCAGGCAAACGAUCGAAACGAAGGAAACACGUCGACGGCGAGCAAAGAAAAAGUUGGCCUAGAUUUAAAUACAGCGAAAUUUGUAACCAGUAUUUUACGCAUGGUUGGUUUUGAUGCAAGCAAACUUGGGGCAUUGGCCAUAAAUGUUUUAAUAAUGGUGGCAUCGACGAUUGCCACAACGCUAUUGGGUAACACAAACGGCUCAGAUGCAACACCCAGUCGCCGUUAUCCCGCUGCUCCGCAACAUGACACAGCCGAAACGGGUCCAGAAGAACGUUACUCUCCGACAGAACAUCAACCCCGCAUGCUGGCGGAUGGUGGUACACCCAUUGAUUGGUUUCUACAAAAUCCCUCAAAGAAAAUGAAAUCUCUGCUUGACGAAGCAAUCGAUUCGAGUUUAACGGAUAAAAUAACCGAUAUGAUUUCAAAUUAUGAAAGGCAAGAGGGUGAAACGGGUUGUGUGAAAAUGUUGAUGUGUAAAAGUGCCCCCUUCAUUUGGGGUAUGCAAAAGUCUCUGAAGAAGCGAAUCGUAGGCGAAACGGAUAAGGAGGAGGACAAGAAAAACACAGAGGGAAAUGAAAAGGCGGAAAAUCGUCGUAUCUUCGAUGUUGAUAGUUUGUAUGCACAUUUUCCCAAUCUUGCCGAGUUUAGGGAACAUGGCGCCAAAUGUGAAGAGCUAUAUUCAACCUAUUGUAAUAUCACGAAAUUGCGUAGAGAACGCUUUCAGGAAAGAAAUUAAAAGUUCUUUGUUAAAAGAUUGUUAAUUAUUUUG